CAGCGGAAGUGGAGGCUGAGAGGGAGCGAUAGCUGGUGGUUCCUGUGAGAGGAACAAAGGAGGAGGAGAGCGGAGAGCGGGCGGCGAGGUGAGAGGAUUGAGGGGAGCUGGGCUGGGGGGGGAUUGAGGGUGUCGGAUGUGGGGGAUUGAGGGUGUCGGAUGUGGGGGAUUGAGGGUCUCGGAUGUGGGGGUGUAUUAUGGGUGAGCGCCUGUGUUAUCAGGAGGGUUACCGGCACUGCCUGCUGCAGCUCUCAGCCGAGCUCGGGGAUGGGAGGCCUAGUGUGCCGGGUCUGGGUCAGUCAGUCAGUGUGCGGGGUCUGGGUCAGUCAGUCAGUGUGCGGGGUCUGGGUCAGUCAGACAGUGUGCGGGGUCUGGGUCAGUCAGUGUGCGGGGUCUGGGUCAGUCAGUGUGCGGGGUCUGGGUCAGUCAGACAGUGUGCGGGGUCUGGGUCAGUCAGACAGUGUGCGGGGUCUGGGUCAGUCAGUGUGCGGGGUCUGGGUCAGUCAGACAGCGUGCGGGGUCUGGGUCAGACAGCGUGCGGGGUCUGGGUCAGUCAGCGUGCGGGGUCUCAGUCAGCGUGCGGGGUCUCAGUCAGCGUGCGGGGUCUCAGUCAGCGUGCGGGGUCUCAGUCAGUGUGCGGGGUCUCAGUCAGUCAGUGUGCGGGGUCUCAGUCAGUCAGUCAGACAGUGUGCCGGGUCUGGGUCAGUCAGUGUGCGGGGUCUCAGACAGUGUGCCGGGUCUGGGUCAGUCAGUGUGCGGGGUCUCAGACAGUGUGCGGGGUCUCGGUCAGUCAGCGUGCCGGCUCUCGGUCAGUCAGCGUGCCGGCUCUCGGUCAGUCAGCGUGCGGUGGUCUGGGUCAGACAGCGUGCGGUGGUCUGGGUCAGACAGCGUGCGGUGGUCUGGGUCAGACAGCGUGCGGUGGUCUGGGUCAGACAGCGUGCGGUGGUCUGGGUCAGACAGCGUGCGGUGGUCUGGGUCAGACAGCGUGCGGUGGUGUGGGUCAGACAGCGUGCGGUGGUCUGGGUCAGACAGCGUGCGGUGGUCUGGGUCAGACAGCGUGCGGUGGUCUGGGUCAGACAGCGUGCGGUGGUCUGGGUCAGACAGCGUGCGGUGGUCUGGGUCAGACAGCGUGCGGUGGUCUCGGUACAUACAGAUCAGAUAAUGUGCUGGGUGAACCAUCAGACACCGUGACUGGAGGAACAUUGUAUAUUAUCUAUAUAUUAUCUGGGUCUCCUAUGAGAAUAUGUACUGCAGGGCUACAUACAGAUCAGAUAGUGUGCUGUGUGAAUGAUCACAGAUACUGUGACUGGAGGAACAUUGUAUAUUAUCUGGGUCUCCUAUGGGAAUGUUUACUGCAGGGCUACAUACAGAUAACUAGUGCUCUCCUGGGUGUAUCUCUCCAGCAGUCCCACUGAGGCCGGCCUGCCAGAUCUACCAUGGCUUUCCUGGACACACACACACAAAGGGCUAUUCACUAAGGCAGGGGUAGGAAAACUUUGGCACUGCAGAUGUUGCAGACUAUAUCUCCCUUAAAGGGACACUAUAGUAGCCCAAAACCACUACAGCUUAAAGCAUGGGUCCUCAAACUCCGGCCCCCCCAGAUGUUGCUGAACUACAACUCCCUUUGAUUCUCUGGCUAUCUAUGUAAUUCAGAGAAUCAUGGGAGUUGUAGUUCAGCAACAUCUGGGGGGCCGGAGUUUGAGGACCCAUGGCUUGAAGGGACUCUGGUCACCAUAGCAACUUUAUCUAAAUUAAGUUAUGGUGCCAGGAGACCCCCCCUGUGCAUUGUUACCUUAAGUUUUCUAAAUGUUUAACCCCAAAGUGUGCCUCCAUCCGGCUUGUAAAUCUUAGUUAUGUGCAGGCAAACAUACCAUUUUUUUUAAAGCAAGGGGAGCGACUGAUUGGGUUAGAGCAGGCUUCCCCAAACUCCGGCCCACCAGAUGUUGUUGAACUACAACUCCCAUGGUUCUAUGAAUGAAAUAGGCUGAGAAUCGUGGGAGUUGUAUUUAAGCAACAUCUGGAGGGCCGGAGUUUGGGGAAGCCUGGCUUGGAGCAUCAGUUAACCACUUGAUGCCAAUCAGUGGUGCCCAUGCCCACUGGCACUCCACACUUCCUGUAAUGUAGUCUCUCUUCAUGCUUUUCAUUGUAAACACUGCCUUUUUCAGAUAUCAGGCAGUGUUUAUAUUGCUGCCUAGUAAUGGGGCGGGAGGGGGGUCGAGUGGGGAACCUAAACUGUUUCUCCAGCACUAUAGUGUAAGGAAUACAUGUUUAUAUUCCUAACACUAUAUUGUUCCUUCAAUGCUCUUACAGCCAUAAUCUUGGAAAAGCAUAAGGGGAGAUGGAGUUCACAACAUAUGGAGUGCCAGAUGUUGCCUAUCCCUGCACUAAAGUGGGAAUUGCCAGAAAAAAUAAUAAUUUGAAAUUCACUUUGAAUUUUCAAAAUUUUGCCAUAGACUUUGGCCCUAAUUUAAUGGUUAGCACAAGAAAAGCCUACAGGAUGUAGAAUUCAAAUGCUGGAGGUAGGAAAUCACAAGUCAUUAAUGGCUGGGAGAUCCUGCAGCAUAUGAAUUUGACAUCUCGCAGGGCAGCAAUUCUUAUAGGAUGCCCUUUUAUUUGAAGUGAUGCAUGCAAGGGAAUAUAUGGUGCUGCAUCCCAUAGCCCUAUCCGUAAUUAGAAGUCACAGUAUUUGUAAGUCUGCGAUUUUGUAUAGAGUACAUAGUUAAAGGGACACUACAAGCACACAGACCACUUAUUGCCAUUGAAGUGGUCUGGAUGCCAAGACACUGUCCCCUUAACCUUGCAAUUGUAAUCAUUGCAGUUAUUGAGAAAUUGCAAUAAUUACAUUGCAAGGUUAACUCUACUCUAGUGGCUUUCUACCGGGUCCUUAGUGAUCAUUUGGUCCACUAUAUGACUCUGGACGUUCUCACGCUUUGCAGGAGGACAUCCAGUGUCAGCUAAAACCACAUAGGAAAACAAUGAUACAAGACUUCCCUAUGGGGUAGUCCACAUGCGCAUUAGGGAUCGUUGGCAGAGGUGGAGCUUGACCCAGUGCCGAUGGACAUUGGCCCUGGAAUCAGUUAAAUGACACAAGGGGUUUUAAGCCUUUCAGCGUUACGGGGACCUUGUGUUCCUAGCAUUAUAGUUUCACUUUAAGUACAGUGCUUUGUUUGGGUUAUGGUUGUUUUACAUAUAGGGACACUCCAGGCACUAUAGCUUUUUCAGCCUGCUAUAGUGGUUAUGGUGCCAAGAAGUGCUUUGUCGCCCUCUGUUUAAUUGGUUUGACAACUUACCUGGGGUACACCAGUCACUUCUUCCUCUGGAGCCCUGAUGCUCUUGCAAGUAGUUUCUGUAAUGUCCCAUGGCUAAGCCUUGUAGUGCAGGGCAGAUUAUUGGCUAUUAUUGGAGCAUUUUGAGCCUAGAACUGUUGGCUGCAGAGAAGUUAUGACCGCCAGAUUCCAGGUAAGUUGUAAACCCCUGUUACCAUAACCAACUACUGCACACUGAACUGCCUUAUGGGGGUGAAGGUAGAAUUAAAUAAGGUACCUGAGCAUGUACACAGAGGUCAUGCUUGCUACCACAGCUGCGGGUUGGUGCAUGGGCAUCUGGUUUCAUUUGUUGAGGCAGCCACUUUUGGAGGACCCAGAAGAAAGCUUCAGGUAAGUAUAUAUAUUAUCCUGCACUAUUGAUGUUUAAUGGCACAGCAAGUAAAUUAAAGAAAACAUGUCAUGGUAGACACACCUAAGUUUAAAAAUCAAACUGUAGGCACACUAACCAUUUUGUCUCAUAGAAUUGGUUAUAGUGCCGGGAGUCUUCAAGCACUGUACCUCCAUUCAGUGUCAGAGCAUUUAACAAUGAAUGAAGUACCCUGGCCAUCCACAGGCUGACCCCUACUGGAGGUAAUAGCCUGAAAACGAUCAGCAGCCACCCAUUGCUGUUCAGUGAAGAUGGGCUGCUGGGACCCUCAUUUACCAUUGAAUCAUUAAAGGAACACUGUAACAUUAGGGAUACAAACCUGUAUUCCUUAAUACAAUGUAGUCCUUGUCCCUAGUGGUAUUAAGGUCUCCCCUCUCCCAUAGAGGAACAUUGGGGACCUAAUGCGCUGUGUGUGCAUUCAAGCUUCCCCAUAGGAAAACAUUGAAUCAAUGCUUUCCUAUGGGGGCUUCCACUUCAUGUGACCAAGAUUUAAUUUAAUGCAGAUUAAAUGCCUCUUCUGGCUGCCAUUCUGAUGAGUGAAACAUUUCCAUUUCUAAUAAACUGUUUUACAUUGCAUUGUUAGAAGGACAGGGCCACUGCAUCCAGACAACUUCAUUAAGGUCAAGUGUUUGGGUUACUAUAGUAUCCCUUUGCAUAUAAUUUAACAUUGAACGGAAGGACGGUGCCCCACCCGGGCUGUCCUUAGCAUUAGAUGUAAAUCUAAGUGUAUUGUGAAGGGCAAUGAAACCACUCGUAUGAGGUCCUCCUCUCUGUGUUACUCCCCCAGCAGGUUUUUAUCACGCUUGCAGGGGGGCUCUAAUACCCAAUGUGCUAGUAGUGAUGCCAACCAGCGGUAUCAUUCAACAGGAUUUCUUUGCAGAGGGUGAGUGUUACAACAGUGGAAUCCCUAUGCACCUCUGAGAAUUGCAGUGCUGAAGCUAGAUGGAGCAGGUGAGUGCUAAUAUAACAGCUCCCAAAGCAUAGAAGUAUAUAAUUUAUCAGUUACAUGAAUGUACUGCUUUGGUUGUUGUUACGUGUUAAAAGAACACUCCAGGCACCCAGACCACUUCUGCCCAUUGGAGUUGUGUGGGUGCCAACUCCAAUCACCCUUAACUCUCCACGUGUAAUUAUUGCAGUUUUUAUAAACUGCAAUAAUUACCUGGAAGGGCUAAGCCUUCCUCUAGUGGCUAUCUAUCAGACAGCCACAAGAGGGACUUCUGGGUUCUUAAAACACUGAAAGCUAUGCAUGCGGACCUCCAAUUUCGCUGGAUUCCCCAUAGUCACUGAAGGUUUUUUUGUUUUUUUUACCCCUUUUAGCAACAUGGGAUGGGGGGUGGGAAGGAGCAGGACACUGCAGGAUCCUGCAUUGCCAGGAAAACAGGUUUGUUUUCCUGGCACUGGAGAAUCCCUUUAAGUUUAAAGCGAAUCUGUCAUGAAACUGAAAUGUUUGUGGAAGUUUACUUUAUUACAUUUUACAGAUUUCAUAGCAGGAUCCAUCUCACUGCAUUCAGUUUUGUUUUUUGGAGAUCCCAGCCGAUUCUCUCUUUUAAAAAAAAUGUUUUUUAACCUUUUUAUUUAGUUGGUUACGACCAAAGUGAGCCAACCAACAUUCUUGAAUGUUUCUCAGUUUGUUAGAACACCUGGAAGCAGUGUGUAAAUUUAAUUAGCCAAACCGCUCUGUCUGUUUUAUGUUUGUAUGGUUUACGCAAAUGUAAACUACAUCUACUAUGUUGGGGUGAAAUAAAAUACCUAAAUUUCCUUAAAAAUAUUAAGUUCAUUAGACCAUAAAUCUGCUCAGUAGAUCCAAAAGUUGCUUUACAAAUGUCUAGAGACACAAGCAGUCAAAAAUGAUGUAAUUUGCAGCUUCUUUUUCUAGCCCUUUUCAUUCAUUUUAGGUGUGUGCACCAUAUGCACCCUAAAAAGAGCAAGACAGUGGUCAUGCAUGCCUGAUUGCAUCUUUAGCGAUUUCUGCACACAGCAAGGCUGUGUCUAGUGCAGACAUAGGCAACCUUCGGCACUGCAGAUGUUUUGUACUACACCUCCCAUGAUACUUUUCCAACAUUAUGUUUGUAAGAGCAUUAUGGGGGAUGUAGUCCACAACAUCUGGAGUGCCGAAGGUUGCAAUAAAUAAAAGCUGCAGUAUGAUUGUUGUUGGUUUGUUAAGCAAUUCCACUCACCCUACAUAAAUGGUUGAACUGUGGAUUAGAUAAUUGCUUAUUUUAUGAAUUCCUUAUUGAUUAUGGGAUAAGAUCAGACCCCAUUGACCAUAACACACGGCUGUGUUACUCUGCAAAUCUCCUCUUAACAGUGAAUAUCACUAGUCUGCAUUCAAAUACGCAAUAUACAAUCCACAUCACAACACAUAGUAGCAACUGUGGCACUUUAUAUCAGCAUAGAAGAAAGAUUUUUAAAUAAUCAUAAUGACAACAGCAUGAUUGACGUUUUAGGCUGGUAUAUAUAAUCUUCCAAAUCAAGCCAGCACUCAAGGACUUUUAAUCCAUAGUCACCGUUUCAGUUUACAACAGCAAACUUUCAUCAGGACAUCUGAGAGGAAAGCUGGAGUGCAAAUCUACAAACUGUGUAUAUAUAUUUAUAUAUAUAAUUUUUUUUUUUUUUCUGGUUAAUGCAGGAAGAAAUGUGCUUGCUUUUUUGUCAAUAAUUGAUGUUCUAGACUGGUUAAAGGUUCCAUGGAUAUGUGCGCCUGUGCAUUUCCUUACUGGUUUAUCGCUGUCUCUUUGAAGAGGAAGGCAAGGAGGUUGUACUAAGGGCUUAGUAUUUAUGUAAAAUCAAAAAGCAAUAACAGCCUCACACAGAUUGGCUAGAAGUCCUGACUUUGCCGCUUCUGCAGUGCGCUCUUGCUAGACCAACAAGUGUAUCAGCCAGUAAUGAUGAUAAAAUGAGCUGUGGCUGUGCUAAGCUUUUCUAUUAAAAGGACUGUUAGACUGUAUAUAAUAAUUUCAUUAAAUCUAAGUUGAUAUGGUGCAAGGAGGUGCACCGGCACUUUCUUAUCUGUAGGGUUUAAUAGUAUAGAGCCAAUCAGUGUCUCCUUGCCUGGCAGCCGUCCGUGCUUUCUCUUACUGAAUUUCAAAAUCUGGAUGUCAAUGGGGACAGUGAGGAACUGCGCUGGAGAGCCGACUUUGAGGUUAAACCAUUCUUGAAUGGUUUAACCCCUACGUGUAUAGAAGCCCCAGGGAUGUUCUGGUACCAUAACAACUUAAUUUUAGUGAAGUUGUUAUGGUGGCUGGAGUGUUAAUUUAAAUCACAGCAAAGGCUUCUUGGAGGCUCUUGUCAACGUUCUAUUUAUAAAGGUUAUAUUUGUAGCAAAUUAUAUUCUAUACCAAUGGGGCUGUUUCAGUUAUAGUGAACCUGUCAUGUAAGGUUUCCUUUAAAAGAACAUACCAAAAAUCAAAAGCACUACCGCCCCCUGUACUAGUCAAAGCUCCUUACUCUGAAGUCUGAAGCUCCUGCACUGAUUUAAGACUGCAGAGAGACCAAUGAGCUGACCCUGUACAGUGGAGCUAACAGAAGCACUGUACAUGAUUCAAAUAACGUAUUAUCAGUAUAGUUGUGUCUAACAUAAUGUCUUUUUUUUUUUUUACAGAUUCUAUGUGACCAUUUUGAAAAAUAAUCUGCAAAAAUGUCGAGUAAGUGACCAUUGUGCUUAAUUGUCUGUUACCCCACUUGUCUACAUGUUUUUUAUGUUUUUAUUCUGGACUAUUGUUUACACUAUACCUAUUGGUUCAUUCAAAAUUUAACUCUGCAGCAAAAUCUAUUAUGUAUUAAUAAGGGGACACGUUUAAAAGUACAGGCAACAUAAUUUAUUCUAAAAUAAAUUGCUAUGUUGCCAGGAGGUCUCUGGCACUGGUUUAUGAACGGCUUAACCAUCAAGUUUCCUCUCCAGUGUCGGAUCGUUCUGUACCCUCCAACAUCUGCUUGCUGAAAAGAUGCAAAAUGGAAGCCUAGGACUUCCAGAAACACAAUCGCCACUGCUUGGCUUAGAGCGGUCACUUUCAGCCUUUCAUAAAACCGGCUUGAGAAAAACACAGUUGUACGAAAUGAGAUCCACUGAUUUGCUGAGAGCGUCUGCAGACCACUCUAAGCCAAACAGUCCCAUGAACCUCGGCAGUCUCAGGCUUCCAUUUUGACGUUUUUCAGCAAGUGGAUAUUGGAGGGUGCAGGGAGGUCCCGCGCUGGAGAGGAGACUUUGGGGUUUAACCUUUCACAAAUGGUUUAACCUCUAAUGGUAAGCCACAUACUUGUUUGCCCCAUAACAACUUCAAUUUGAUGAAGUUGUUAUGGUGGCCGGAUGGUCCCUUUAAGCAUAAUAGCCACUACAAUCUAGUGAUAAUGGUACUUUAGCUUAUGCUUAUUAAAGGUGGCGUUUUGUCCCUAAAGGAACUUAAUAGUGCAAAUUCCAAACAUUACUUGAUAAUCUUAGUUGAAACCAUUAAAGGACCACUCGUUUUCCUGGCACUAUAGAGUCUUUAGGUCCCCCCACCCUCAGGGUCCCACUCUCGCCGGGCUGAAGGCAGAGGAAGGGGUUAAACUCUUACCUUUCUCCAGCGCCGGGCUCCCUGGGCGCUGAGUAACUCUCCUCCCUCUUCCGAUGUCAGCGCUGAAUGCGCACCCACGCGCGCAUUCAAUCAGUCCACAGGAAAGCAUUUCUCAAGGCUUUCAUAAUGCUUUCCUAUGGACGACAGCAUCUUCUCACUGUGAUUUUCACAGUGAGAAGCGUGGAAACACCUCUAGCGGCUGUCAGUGAGACAGCCACUAGAGGCUGGAUUAACCCUAUUGUAAACAUAGCAGUUUCUCUGAAACUGCUAUGUUUACAGCUACAGGGUUAACCCUAGCUGGACCUGGCACCCAGACCACUUCAUUGAGCAGAAGUAGUCUGGGUGCCUAUAAUGGGCCUUUACGUUCUCAUGAUUCAUCAGUAUUUUUUACUUUUUUGUGUGUGUGUGUGUUCUCAAGUUUUUCGUGGAUUUUGACUUUUUGGUGGUAUUCCCCCUUAAUUGGGCCCCUAGAUCCUGAUUUUUGUACUACUGGAUGGUGUGACCUUUUGUCAUUGUUUCCUACCACUCUUAAGAUGAACACACAUGAAUAUCUUUAAGAUAUUAUUUUACCCUACGCUUGCAAAUAAAAUCCUUAAAUAAAAAACGUAUUGCACAUUCUUUCACUUUUGUGUAUGUGCACCCAUCCUUUCUGUCAAUGUUGUUGGUAAAUUAACAUAUAUUUAUUUUCUUUUAAAUAGAAAGACCAUCGUAUGCUCCGCCUCCUGCUCCGGCUCCCACAACUGUAAGUAAUAAAAGCUACGAGAUAUUAUUGCAUUGACAUGGCACAACAAAUAGGAUUGCUCCACACGGAGUGUUUUUUCUUAAAAGGAACACUGUAGCAUUAGGAAUACAUGUAUAUUCCCAACGCUACAGCUCUGAUGCCCUUAAUCAAUUUGGUCCUGUCCCCCCCACACUGUGCAAAAAAAAAAAAAAAUGAAAUAAAAAGAAAUCAAAUUACUCACCUUUUCUGCAGUGCCGAGUCUCCCUUGAUGCUGCUGCGACCUCUUUGGUUUGCGUCAUCCUAAAGGCAUGUCUCCAAGAUGAUGGGCCAUUCCAAUUCUCCUCAUAGAGGAGCCACAAUGCACCUAAGAUUCUGCCAAACAGUGAUACUCUAUCACCAACCAUGACGGCACUGCGCAUGCAUACGUUACGAUAUGAGAACUGGAAAGUAAGACUCCCGGUUCUCAUACAUAGAGGGCUUGGAGGCGUGGCUUGAAGCCGCUCUUUUCCAUGCCCAGUAAUCAGUGCACUAAAGGGUUUUGGGGGGUUACACGAGGGGGGGGUUGGGGGGGUAAUAUUAAGUGCCGUUUUUUUUUUUUAAAGUAUUUUAAUUUUAUCCCAAACUUGCCUUACAAAAUAGGAGCCUCCUCCAUAAACAGAUACCUUGCACAUUUUAAGAUUUACAGUUGCAUCUUUUACACUCACAAGUUGCACUUCACUUUCAUGUGUGGAGACCAAUGAAGCAGAAGCGUAAACUGCUUUACCCAGCAAACCGACGUGUGCUAAUUUUAAACACAUUGUUGUGGAUUAAAAUUAGAUUUUGCCUUUAUUUGUAAUGGGCAAAACCCAGCUUUGUACAAGUAAAAUUCCUCAUGCUUGCUUUUCAUAAAAUUACAUGUUCUGUGUCUGUCCAAUGCGUGCUGCCAUUUUAUGUGCUUGCUCUCUUCAAAGUGAAACUUUUGACCAGCACAUUUGUUUUGUAGGAUGUCCUACUUCACCAGCUUCAACUACAUGCCCCUUUUACGAAAAUCAGGAAGUCUGCUGCUUUUACAGAAGCAGGAAACAAAUUCAAUCUUUUAAAUAUACCCCCAACUGGCUGUUGAAACAUAGUGUUACAGGGUUAUCAAUUAAAAAUAAAUAAAAAAUAUAUAGUGUAUUUACCUAUAUUCAGAGGCUUUUUCCACCACUUAUGUCAUCCCAGGAAACAGGAAGAGGGAUUUAUAAACACAUCAAUGCUAUAAUAUAUCACUAUAAUAAAUGUUUUUAGUUAUCUUUCCUUUAUAAACAAUAGUUGUGCUCAGUAACCCUCUCUACACCACUACCUUACUCGAUUUGCAACUGGCAUCAAUGAGAGAGAUCAGAUAUACCCAUUGUACAGCACUGUAAAAUGUGUUGGCGCCUUUUAAAUCAUUUCAGAAUUUUAUCAAAUAUGACUAAUAUUUUUUAUUAUGGACAACAAAUCUCAAUUUUGCAGGAAUCUACAUUCAGUCCCUUGUCAGAAGUGUACAAUUCUUAUUAUAAUCCAUUUUAGUUAAAUUUCACAACUUUUACACAUCAUUAGCAAACCAUUUUCAUAUGUAAUUUUUUAUUUUAUUUUUUUUUUUAAACUUUUAUUUCCUUCACUUUUUAGAUUUAAUUUUUUUUUUCCUUCCCCUGCUGGAACUCAUUUCUCAUUCGUGUUUUUUGUCUCAUUUGUUUCCAUCAGCAAAUGCCCAGCACACCAGGGUUUGUGGGAUACAAUCCAUACAGCCAUCUUGCCUACAACAACUACAGGCUGGGAGGGAACCCAGGCAGCAACAGCAGGGCCACGGUAGGAAAAUCAACUGAUAUGUCACAUGGGGUCUCAAAGUGCAGCUGUACAGGCAUUCAGAUUGUUUUUUAAACAUAAAUAGGGUUACAACCACUUGUAAUAAAUCCAGAAUGUUCACUUCUGUAGAGUUUUGUUGUAUAAGUGUUCUGUUGUACAAAUGGUCAGCUCGAUUUACUCCUGCACUCUGUAUAUACUGGAUACUCAUCGAUAAGCAUGCACCUUGAAAUAUGUCUGGACUUUGUCAUAAAACAGUUUUAGAUGUUUUUAAUGUAUAACAGAUUUGUUUUUGGUCUUUCCCUCAACUAUGUGUUCUUUUUAUUUUAAAGAGGUACUCUAGGCACCAUAAUAACUUUAGAUGCAGUAGUGGUUUAUGGUGCCAGGACUCCCUGGUGCUUUCUCAUUGUUAAGAGUCAAAUGGUUUUCCAUUUUACAGAUAUUACUAAAGAGAAAAUUCCAUCUUCCCCAUCAACAAUAUUAAAAAGACACAAUAGACACAAUGAGACUGCAGAGGCAUAAUCUAUACACCAAAACUGCAUUAAGUUAAAGUUGUUUUGGUAAAGACCAAAGAAAAAGUUGCCUGUGCUCUCUCUUUAAUCCCUAUGUAUAUUUAAACAAAUGGAGGUCAUUUAGUUACUCCAAUGGCCACUGGAGGGAAUGCCCGUCUGCCAACGUCAAGACAGACCUCCCUAGACGGGUCCUACUCUGACCCUUCACCUUGCUUCCUUGAGCUUCUGGCAAAUAUAUCUCUGAGACAGAAAGGGGUAUUUUUUAUAUACACACCUAUAUACUUAUUAACGCUUAAUAGGGAACACAUGGGAUGGGCAGCAGCAUUGCAACAUAGCUGUGUGAUACAAAAAGUGAAUAAAAAUACAAAAAGUAAAGUCCUGCGCUAAUACGAAUACAAAAAGAAAAGUUGUUUUGGUGCCUAUUAUGUCCUGUUAACAACUGAUUAAAAUUCUUUCAUGCAGGAUGUGUCACUCACAGCCAAGGGAGGUGUAGGUGCUGUAUACACAGAAUGAAAAGUUUAUUUAAUCCCUAAAUGGCAGGAAAAUGAGCAGUGAGAAGGCAGGGGCAACCUCUAUACACCAAAACUGCUUAAAUACGCUAAAGUUGUUUUGAUGCCUAUUGUAUCCCUUUAAUUCCACCCAUGUUUGGAUGUAAUUCACUGGCUCAGAGCAUCUGCUUACACUGUCAGAUAACAAAAUCUUUCCAAAUAUGGAUAAAACGGAUAUAUCUAAUGUGUUAGGGGAACUUUUUCUUUAGCUAUAUUUGUAGAGAGGAGCUGGACAGUGGGUGCCCUUAAUACCAAUGUAAUACCUUCUGAAUACUGUAUGUUCUUAACAGUGAAAGACAUCGGGAGACUCCUGACAUACUACAGUGAGCUAUAGUUGUAAUGGUAUCAGAGCGCUGUUAAGUUGUUAUUUUUACAGUUCAUAAAUUGGUUAAGUAGGAACGUUCACAGCCAGCUCACUUUACACUUAGUACACAAAGAUCAAGAAAGCUGGUGACUUAAGAGUUUAAAUGGAGUAGAGAGGGGUCACACUCAGCCAGAAGCCACAGAUGGUGCACUUAAACUGGAGGUGGCAAGUUCUUCGAAUCAUAUAAAGCACAUGCAAUAUAGUCUGGGCACACCGCAGCUUUGCCAAAUUUUUCAUGGCAAGUUCGAAACUUUUCUAUCCAUGACCGAAUAAAACUGUUAACACGAAGUUGUUGGUGUCCAGACUAGAUUGAAUGAAUUUGCUGUUUAAGAGUUGAAAUUUCCAGGAAUCACAUUCAAUAGGGUAUGUAAUCAACCAAUGAGUGGUUCAGAUACUUAUUCCAUUGAGUGAUGCCAAUAUCUAUUUAACCCCUUCAGGACACAUGACGGAAAUAUUCCGUCAUGAUUCCCUUUUAUUUCUGAAGGUGUGUCCUUAAGGGGUUAAUGGAGCAGAAUAUGUAAAUGAAUCCUAGUUGGUAAAUAUUAGCAACCUUUUGAGAAGAACAUGUGUUUGAAGGGGACAAUGGUGGAUAAACUACUAAAAAAUAAUCUAGUAAAAUGCACGUAUGGAAUGUCCUUCUUUAAGCCAAUUGUGACUUUUUCUAUAAAAAGGUAAGCAAUACCUGCAGUUACAUAAAUACAGACUGAAAGGGAAGAUCCACAGCAUUAAUCCAAAUGUAUCAAAUAAUGAGAAACUUAGUAUGAGGAUACUUCCACGUGUUUUUAAUUGUUGAUAAUGUCUAAUGCUUCUACAAAUGUGAUGAAAUUAUUGCUAUUAUACCUUCAUACAUGUAACAUCUAUAAUAUCUAAAGUUGAUGCACCCAAAUGUUCUCUGUCGGGGCCAGACCUGGACUUUUUUUUUAAACUUACUUGCACAAAAAGUCGAAGUGCAAACCACAAUUAAAGAAAAGGGACAUUGUGAAAAAUAAGCUUAGGUCUAAACUCCUAUGCGAUGUGACGCAAGACCUCCAUAUUUUAAUUUGAAAAUAAUUAAAUCUGGAAUGUGACUGAUUUGCUUCACCAUGUUCAUCUGAUUUGAAGAGGAAAACGAUCAAGUAUGCACUUUUUUGUUCACUUUUUUUUUUUUUUUUUUACUGUAAUUAGAAUAUUAACAAGGUAACAUUUCAGAGGAAAAUUCUGUAAUAAAUAUUGCUCAAAACACUAUUGUAUUAUCUUUAUUCAAAGAUACUUAUUUUUGGUCGUUUACACCCUACUUCUUCUAUACCUUGUUACCUUCAACGAUGCAAACAUUUUAAAAAAUGCUUAUGGUGAGCAGUCAUGUUGUUUCUUUAAUAACCACCUCUGCUCAUACUUUAUGCCUCUUAACUCAUACACACCACAAAAGCAAAGAUGAAAACUUAAUGAAUAGAUAAUACUGCAUCCUUUACAUACUUCUCUGUAUGAUUAACUGAUGUACAUACAUACAAUAGGGGAGCCAGACUCGCUGUAUAUAAAUAUACCUUUAAAAUUGUCCUGGCUUUUAAUGGCAAGCCCUGAUUUUUGAGUUUGUGGUCCUCCAUCCACAGUAAAUGGAAAACAAGGAAUAAAAAAUCCACUUGUAUACAAUAGGUUGUUAAGCUUCAGCUCCUUCUGAUGAGCACAAACAUGAGAACAUAGUUUGCUCACUGGCAACUGUGCUAGCUAAAGUAGGCCUGCAUUAGCUGACCUGUUUACUGCAAAUCUCCAAUGUAGCAAAGCAUCAUGACUUGCUUGGCCAUAAUAUUGGGAACAUAUCCAAAAUUCUUGCUGCAUGGACUUAAAGGAACACUAUAGCGUUAGGAAUACAAAUAUGUAUUCCUUACGCUAUAGAGCCUUAGACACUGUUUAGGUGACUAGGACCCCGUUCCACCACGAAUAAAUGGUUAACCAUUUAUUUGCUUACCUUAAUCCAGCGCCGGGCUCCCUCUGCACUGGUGACCUCUCCUCCAUCGACACCAGCUUCCAAGUGGAGCCGAAUGCACAUGCGCGGCCAGAGGCGCGCACAUUCAAACCCAUUGAGUAAUGCUUUCCCAUGGGGAUCUUUUUUGACGUUGGAUUCCGUGUCGAGUGUCAAAUAAGUGCAAUUUACUCUAUGUAAAUCGCAGAAGCGGCCUCUAGUGGCUGUCAGGGAGACAGCUCCUGAAGGCUGGAUUAAUCCUGCAGUGUAAACAUAGCAGUUUCUCUGAAACUGCUAUGUUUUCAGCUGCAGGGUUAAAACUAGGGGGACCUGGCACCCAGACCACUUCAUUGAGCUAAAGUGGUCUGGAUGCCUAUAGUGGUCUUUUAAAGGACUCAAGUAACCUAUUUACAGAGUGAGCAGGUUAAGAAAGAGUAACUUUUCUUCUAUAAGAAUCACAAAUAUUCAUGUAACAGGACAUAUUCUACAAAGUGAGUCUGUAUAUGCAAAUAGACCUUAAACUAUGCUGUUUUAAAACUGCUUAUUAAAUGUUAUUUUGCAGCAAGUAUUAUUACUCAUAGUGGGGCAUUAAGUGUAUAUUAGAUUUCAAAAGAGAAGAUCUUGAAAUAAGUAUGUAAAAUAUUAAUUGUCACUCUAACCACGAAAUGGGGAGUAAAUUCAGAAUGAUUGCAGUACAUUCCAAGCACACCAAAAAUGUAUGCUCCUUGCUUGUUGCAUUGACCUCCUAUGCCAUUACAGCACUGUAUAUUCUGUUAUCAAUGCAACAAUUUAUCUCAAUGCACUCAGCAAAAACAGGAAUGAAGUCCUUUAGGAUGUAAGUAGAAGACAUGCUGCAUUUUUUUCAAGAAGCAACUUGAUUGACUGGGAAAUCCCUACUCUAGAAACUCUAGAAACUCAAAAUUGAAUUUGCUGCAAUAAGAGCCACUCGGCCCAUCUAGUCUGCCCAAUUUUCUGAAUACUCUCAUUAGUCCCUGGCCUUAUCUUAUAGCUAGGAUAGCCUUAUCCCAUGCAUGCUUAAACUCCUUUACUGUGUUAACCUUUACCACUUUAGAUGGAAGGCUUUUCCAUGCAUCCACUACCCUCUCAGUAAAGAAAAUGAUGGAAACUUAGUAAACUGAUGGAAACUUAGUAGACUUUUACGUGCAAUACUGCCUGCUUAAAGAAGCACAUGAAGAUCAGUAUACCACCUAUUUUAUUUAGAUACAUUCUGGAGAUGCAUUGAAAACAUCUCACCUGAGUGGCCGCCUUCUCUGUGCAGUGGGAUCCUCUUAAACUAGGGAUUGGCUGCAAUCUCUCAGUUACUCUGUUAUGGAUUCCUAUACGAGCAAUGCACGUGUAUGGCAUGUUUUGCUUCUAUUCUUGGUACAUCUUGUUAUUUUUUUCCCCAUUAUUAAGUAAAUGAGAAAGCAUUGUUUGCUGUAUUAGACUUGUUAGUUUCUUAUUUGAUUGAAAUGCCACAGGUUUCUGUGAGAAACGUAUACUGGAAGCUCCUUUGGUACCUGAAUGCAGAAAAUGGCAGAUUUGGGGUUUUUAUUUUUUACCCCCACUUCACCUGUUUCUUUGUACUAAAUUCCUCAAUCACUUUGUUUAUAGGAGCAGGAGAGGAUCAUUGUACUCUCUCAUAAAUCAGAGAAGACUUGUCCAUAAGUAAUACGUUGGGGCUUCCUGAAGUGGAGAAUUAGUUCUUGGUAUAUUGACUAUUGUACAUAGAGCUGCAUUAACAUAAUGUUCAUGUAAGCUCAGUUUCAGCCUCAUAACCACGAGAGAAAUGUACAAACCCAUUGCUUCAUUGUCAACAGCUGUCAUUCUUGUUACCACAACUGUGGCACAAUCUACAUUACCACUACAGUGCACUAUAGUACUAAUGGUGCUCUGGCACCCACAAUGUGAGUAGUCAAACCCUUUACUAAUGGUUUGACUAAUUAACUGGGGUCCACCUAUAAAAAAAAAUUGGACAUUAUCUGCGCUGAGCUAAGCAAGAUAGUGUUGGGCUUAGCUAAUCAGCUGAUGCUCUUAGCCCAUGAGCUGACCCUGCAUAGCAGGGCUUGGAUCAGGAAAGCUAAAAGAAGCAAACGGUUUGACUACUUACAUUGGUAAGUGGCACCAUAACUACUGCAGCACACUGUAGUUGUUACAGUGCGCAGAGUAUAUAAAGGAAACACAUUGGAAUUGAGGCAUGGUUGCUGUGCAGAGCAACUUCCACUUUUAAACCUUCAUCUGAUAUUGAUGAGCAGUCCACAUGUUUCUGGUGAGGAGUGUAGGAAUCUUAAGUUAACAUAUUUUACACUGCUAGCUUUAUAUAGCAUGACCUAAAACAAGAAAUCUGAUGAUUGCUAGUUGUAGCAGAGUAGGAAUAGAGUUCUUGAGUUGAAAAUUCUGUAAAUGUUUGUUAUUGUUUGACACGCAAAGAUCUGAAAACUCUGAAAAUGCUGUGCAGUCUCCAAAGCAGUAUAUGUUUCAGUUUCUGCCAAUAUGUAGUAAAGAGACACAUCUGGAUUCAUAUUGUAUUGUAGUCAUGACUGCAGUGUAAUAAUAUGUAUUAAACAUACUUUUUGUCUGUUUCUUUUUCCUUUGUAGGCUUCAUCAGGGAUUACAAUCCCAAAGCCACCUAAACCUCCAGAUAAGCCUCUGAUGCCGUACAUGAGAUAUAGCAGGAAGGUAAGUGAUAAGUUUGGGUUCUCGGUGAGGCUGCUACACAUCCCUCUUAUAUCCUUAAUAUCCCAAAAGCCCAUAUAUCGCCCCUAAAUAAUUUUAUGCAAAGUAAAACAUCAACCAUUUAGCUAUCUCAAUAAAAACCAUCUCCGCACCCCAAUGUCUCUGAAUAGGUCUGGGACCAAGUGAAGGCUUCCAACCCUGACCUUAAGUUGUGGGAGAUUGGGAAGAUCAUUGGUGGGAUGUGGCGUGACCUAACCGAUGAGGAGAAGCAAGAGUACUUGAACGAAUAUGAAGCUGAAAAGGUACGAGGUUAUAGCUUUAAAAAAAAAUAAAAAAAAAUAGAGAGGAAAAAAAAAAAUUAAUAAAAAAAUAAAAUAAAUCCCAUUAGAGCCACUCUGUAGGCUUGAGUCGCUGUUUUCUCUGAAGUGUGAGGGUUGCUAGUUUUGUUCACUAGGUCCCAGGCUGGAAAAAAAAAAUGUCCGCUUCAACUAUGUGGAAGGAGCAUAAAAGUCCGUGUUCACUGGUCACUACUUGUUAAGUCCCAUUGGGAGUGUAGUAUGGCAGUCUGUUCUUUAUUUUUGUUCUGUCUGUCUGUUUUUGUUUCAAUGAUGCAUCCCCAUUUAGAACCAAAUUGAAAGCAUAAUCAAGAUCAUCAACUGGACGUGGCCCAUGAAACCUAUGUUUUCUGAAUAUUCGGCACAACCCUUUCUCAAUUGGGUCCUUCGGGAUUACAGUUGGGUCCGAUCUAAAGUACACUUUAUUGAGAACAGGUUUAAUGCCUACUGUACCGAGUAAAGAUUACAAUUUAUUAAGCUAAGCUAAAAAUGUCCCUCUGAUGGUUCUCAUUGGAUAACAAUUUCCCAGAAUCUUAAACAGUAAGUGUGGAAGCUACCAGAUAUUUCACAUCUUUUUUACACCACACACUCUCAUAUGCUGGCUUCAUUUGUUAACUAGCCAGUAUAGGUUGUGUAUCUAUUCACCUGAAUAAUAGUCACGGUUUUGCAUAUUAUUAAUAUGGUACCAUGCAGUUCUAAUGUCACUUCAACUAAGGUGAGGUAUUCAUCAUGGUCAUCAACGGAAGAAUUACUGGUUGACUAUCACUAUCUGCACUUAUCCUCAGGGUAGCAGUUAUACAAUAGAACUCAUAUUAAUAUUUGUAAUGAAGUACCCCCUUCAGCAGUCCCAUAGGGUACUUGUAUAACAUACUGAAUAUUCUCGUCAAUCAACUUAUUUAUAGGUGUGUUACUUAUGUGAAUAAGUGCUUUCGUGGGGCAUGGUAAGCAGUACCAUCUAUAAACGGUGCAAGCAACAAGCUUUAAAAGUUCAUAAAAUUUUAGGUUGUUUUUUUUUGGAGGCUGCAAAGAAAUCAAGGUUUCCUGAAGAGGAUAGAUACUAAAGUGAUUGAGAUAUUGUAAAUAGUAAGCAAACGGAUGAUUUACCAAAUGUGGUGAAACUGUGUUUUGUUUUUAAUUAGGCUCUAUUUGGGGCUGCAUCUAAAGUCUAGUUACAUGAUACAUGCAGUGCAGAUAUAUACAUUUCAUGCAGAGGUGAAGCUUGAUGACACCCUUCCUGCUUCAAUGUAGAUUACAUUUUUAACAUAAACAUGUUUCUCAAACUACUAUGGGGAAUAUAAUGCUGAGUAAUAUAGCUUGUGAUGGCAGAUACUAUUAAAUAGUCCCACUCCAAACUUCUUAUUGUGAAAUGUUAAAGUGCAUUUAUUUAAAUAUACAAAAUCUUUAGGAAGUACCUUAAUUUAAAUUUAUAAUCCCCAAAAAUGUAGAAAAAUCUCCCCAGUGCGACAACUGCAAAAGCUCAUAUUGUACCCUAGACAGAGUCCUGCUUGGUUGUCGGAAUGAUAAAUUUAAAGUUGAAACAAUGAGUUGUAAAUAUUUCAAGAAUGCAUAAUCCCCUACUUUAAAAUCCAUAAAUCUCUAUUUAAUUUUUGUGUGAUUAAGUUUUCUUAGAUUGCUUUUUCUUCUCAAAGUAAACACUAAUAAAGGACAUCUGCAAAGAUAAGCCUCUGUGGUAUCUUCACACAAGGGGUAGACAACAAGAUCCCUUCUAAGUUUUGCCAGACUACAACUUCCAUGAUGGUUUACCAGUUUGCAAGAUGGCAAAGCAUUAUGGGAGUUGUAAUUUGAUAAAGGCUGGGGGCAUCUUGUUGGCUCUUUUGUCUAAAGUAUGGUGUCAUUUAACUUAAUCAUACAUUAAUGAAAUAUUUUUUAGAUGAAAUGUGUUAAAUUACAGGUUUUCUGAGAUUGUUAGUGUUUUGUUUUCUCAGAAAAGCACAUUGCUUAAAAGUAUGAUUUUACAUCUAUGGAUAUGUGAAAAUCUAGAUAUUGGUUGUAAACUGUAAGUCAGGGAACAUCCAUAUAUUUAUAAAUAAAUAGCAUUUUUGUAUCUCCCCCCCGCUACACACACUGUUCUGUAAAGUAGUUUUUCAUAUUCAUUAUCUCAUCCCUCUAACGUCUGUUAAAGUACUACCCUAAGUACUUUGCACAUAAUGUUUUCACCCAGAAUAAAAUAGAUUGUACAUUUCUUGUGACAGCCACGCCGACAUCUCCCACCAGAACCUGUGCGCACCAAAUAACCUUUUGUAAUUUUCUCUGCAGAUUGAGUACAAUGAAUCAAUGAAGACGUACCACAAUUCACCUGCUUAUCUCGCCUACAUCAAUGCCAAAAGCAGGGCAGAAGCUGCUCUGGAGGAAGAAAGCCGCCAGCGCCAGUCACGCAUGGAAAAGGGGGAACCCUACAUGAGCAUCCAACCUGCGGAAGAUCCUGAUGGUUAGUAAACCAAAGUGUGCAAAACUGAUCGUGAACCUCACAACCGCAACAUAACCAUCAUACAUUUUAGUGCAAGGAUACUCUAUAUAAAAAUUACAGCCUUUUCUUGUUUUCCCCCUUCAUACAGCAUACCCUUUUGUGAUGGGUUUGGCUAUAUCGUUCCUGGGUUAAUUUCUAUAGGAAUCUUUAUUAAAGGGCUGCUAUAACCCUUUCUCUCAAAAUUAGCAUUUUUCCUUUAUUAACACUACUGAUCUUGUCCACCCCCUUAUUUUAUAUAAAACCAUUUAAAUAUUUUAAAUCUUGUCUCGCAGAGCAAAGUAUUUCUCGCUUAGUUUCCACGCCCUGUCUGACAUCACUCCUUCCCUUGCGAGGUUCAUUUAAAUGUUUCUAAUAGAGUAGCUUUUGAUUGGACCAUUUUACUGUCUGAGUGCGCUGAGCAGUUGAGGGGCAGAAAGGCUUUCAUUAUUGAAAAAUAAAACGUAACUGUUAAAACCAGAGGGAGGGGACACUAAAGCUGCGUACUGAUUAGACAUGUAAUUUUUGCAGUUCAGAAAAGGCAAAAUCAGGGCACACCAUCAAAUGGAGAGAAGAAAUGGCAAACUUUUUUUUAAAUUCUCCUCUCUGUGCUUUCUCAGUGCUGACCGCCAAGUGCAGAGGGCAGCACUUAUAACGAUUACUGACCGGGACCUAAGAUGGAAGCUUCCAGUUGCAGACUAAACUUCUGUGGCUUUCUACAUAUGCAUUUUUAAAUAUAACAAUAGGUAAAUGUAAUAUUAAAAAUCCUGGGAAAAGACUGUUCCCUUUUAAUAUUGUUAAUGUGUAUACUUUAGCUCCCUCUAGUGCACAGACAGUAUACUACUCUCCACUUCUCUGCUGCAAUGCAGAUUCCCAGCCCAGAAUAAUCAUUUUAUUCAGUUUACACACCCUGUUAAUAAGGAAACUGAUUGUAAUAGAUAACAAUAUUGUGAUCCAUUCAACAAAUAGCAGCAGCACACUGUACCCAAAAUAAUCUCUUUCCCUUUGUGAUGCUUGAUUUGUCUUCUAGAUGGAGUUUUUAUUUAUUUUAAUAAAGGAAUAGAACAGAUGUAGCAAAAUAUAACACAUUCUGACUAGUCCUUUUUAUGUAUAUUUUGUUUGCGCUCACUGCUAGCAGCAGUGUCACAGCACAUCAGUCUCAAUGUUAUUCCCUGCGUUUACAAGGAAUCCUAGGAAGAUUACCUGGGCUCCUUUGUGGUAUUCUUUGGUUCUUGUGUCUGCAUUAACAUGCUUUUUAGUGACACCUGGCUGCACAGCAGACAUUAAAGGUGCACAAACUUGUUUUCGUCGCACUAUAGGAUUAUUAGGUUACCCCCAUCCUGCUGGGCUGAAGGGGUUAGAACCCCUUCAGCCACUUACCUUAAUCCAGUGCCGGGCUCACUCUGCGCAGGUGACCUCUCCUCCCCCAGCCAACGUCAUCUCCGAAUGUGCAUGCGUGGCUAUUCAAACCGCCCAUAGGAAAGCAUUACUCAAUGCUUUCCUAUGGAUGUCCUGCGUGUCGUCAAUGCGAUUUUUGCAUUGAGGCUUGUGGAAGCAGCCUCUGGUGGCUGUCAGGGAGAUUGCCACUAGAAGCUGGAUUAACCCUCAGUGUAAACAUAGCAGUUUCUCUGAAACUGCUAUGUUUACAGCUGCAGGGUUAAAACUAGGGGGACCUGGCACCCAGACUACUUUAUUGAGCUGAAGUGGUCUGGGUCCCUAUAGUGGUCCUUUAAUGCAGGAGAGCUAACAGAAGCUUCAUGCUCAAGCUUUCAGUUCUAUAUAGAAGAAGUACUUACAUUAGGGGGCACCUUGGUACUCUUGACACCAUAACCAGCACAGCUCUCUGUACUUGUUAUGGUGCUUGAAGUAUUCCUUUUAAAUUAGCGAUGUGCUCCUUUUAUUGGUUUAGUCCAGGGCAGGCUUCCCCAAACCCGGCCCUCCAAAUGUUGCUGAACUACAACUCCCAUGAUUCUAUGAAUGAAAUAGGCUGAGAAUCAUGGGAGUUAUAGUUCAGCAACAUCUGGUGGGCCGGAGUUUGGGGAAGCCUGGUCUUAGGGUAUUUAGGUUUUACUUGACAUUUUUUACACAAUUCUUGAUCCUCCUAUUGUCUGCUGCCUAUCUCCCACGUUGUUCUGUGCUGACAGGCGUGGCUGAGUCUGUCAUUAAGCAAUGUACCUGCAGUGUGAUGUUCUGGGCAGAGCGCCUACUAUGAAUAAACAGAUUCUUAAAUGUUGUCUCUUCCAGUCAAACAGUUUUUUUAAAUUAAGCCUGAUUGAUUUUACUAUCCUUUUAUACAAUAUAUAUCAAACUGCAUUUUACACCCAAGUUUCUUCAAUCACCCUUUAUGAUUGAUCAACAAAUUGAAAUGUCCCAGCGAUGUCCUUAUUAUAAAAGUAUAGUAUUUGGUCUUUAUACGGUUAAAAACAGAACAGCGGUUUAAAACAAAUAAAGUUAAAUUUUUCCUAUUUUUUGGGAAAUUAUUUCACUUUAGUCACACUUUGAGUUUUAUGUUCUGAUUCCUACCUCCUGUAGACAGUGUGAUCUUUACCCACAAUCCCUGAGUCUCUUCCUGUUUCAUAUACGGGCACAAUGAUGGCUCCAUUUGGUACUACAGUUGUUAUUGAAUCACGUCAACCAUGAUCUUCAGUGUUUAGAGAGACAGCAUUCACACAUUUUUUCCCCGACAAGGUUGAUCUGCAUUAAUGUAUCUUCACUCUUCAGUCUAGCGGUAAUGUCUUUUUGUAAAUGGCAACCAUAAAAUGCACUAUAAUUUUAGAGUAUUGCUCUAAAAUGUAGAACUACACAUGCAAGAAGUUGUCUACUGCCUCUACGAACAACCCCAUUGAUUGAGCGCUGUCCUUUUCUUCCCAAAAUUCUCCAUUCUAUACAAAGGUUUAAUAAUAUGUUGUUUAUUUGCAAACAACCAGCCAAGGUGGUUAUAGAAGAAUCACUUCAGAUUAGCAAGUUUGAUACAAAGCAAGGUCUGUUAGCUUAAAUCUUUCCCAAAUCAAUUAAUUUAUUACAUUUACAUUGGGCAUAAAUAGUAUAGUAGCUGUAUUGUAAAUGUUAAACUUGCUUGUUCUAACACCCGUUCUGUGUCUUACAGAUUAUGAUGACGGAUUUUCCAUGAAGCACACCGCAGCCGCUAGAUUCCAGAGGAAUCACCGCCUUAUCAGUGAAAUCCUUAGCGAAAGUGUGGUGCCUGAUGUACGAUCUGUGGUAACAACUGCCCGGAUGCAGGUUCUUAAAAGACAAGUCCAGUCUCUCAUGGUGCAUCAGGUACGAAAUGGUACAUAUGACAUGGAGGCAGUAGGGGGCUAUUUUUAAAGCAUAGUAUUUAUAUUAUAUAUAUUAAAAAUUGUUGUUGUACAGAGUGUUAAUUGCUAAAUGCAGUGUAGUUCCUAAAUAUGUUACAUUAUCAAUUCGCUUAAAAAUUAUUUCAUUAUAUCAAAUCUUUGUAAUCUGCACUGUGGGGAGUUGUGCAUUUGCGGUCUUCGCUUUAUUUGGUUGGAUCUUAGCUGCUAAAACUGCCGUGGAACAAGCUUUAUAAGCUGACAGGGGAGUAGACCUGUCUUAAUGCAGACUGCUGCACCUUGUAUUGCACAACAUGUUCAGGAAGCAGACAGUAGACUUGUCUUUUUUGCAUACUGAAAUACCCAUCAAUAAUGAGACAGCUAGGAGUAGGCACACUUGGAAUUAAAAUUGUCUUGUUGUAGGCUACAGCACUUAUCUAUAGCAGCCUAAUAUCACAGUGAAGAGCUGGCUGAAUCUCAUGUGGUAGUGGCUUAAGUCCCCAAAAGACAGACUUGGGUAUGACAAGUGAACAUAAGUAAAACUGAAGAAAGAGUCUUUUAGAAAAUAAUUCCCAACAUGCAAAACAAGUAAACUAUAGCAGUUACUACAGUUACGUACUGAUUGUGGAUACACAGUCUGAGACAGAUUUCAGAGAGUUUGACUUGAAGCAGCAUUUAAUUGUCUCUCGAAGGUUAUUCCAUAGUUGAAUAUCUCAUCCCGCUUCCUUGUAAUGUGGUAAUAGUCCAUACUCUUUUUGAGGUUAAGAUUAGAUUCUAAGAGUUGCCGGCUUCUCAAGUGGAGCAAGAAGCUUGGCAGAGAAAGGGUAUCAUCCAGGCAUGUAUUUGCCUUGAUUAUACCUGUGCUGUCUCUGGUGCUGUGUCCAUACAGAAUACGGUUUACUUGGCUUUUAGAAGUAUAAUGUUUUAAAAUGCCCAUCAAUGUGUAGAGUUGCAGUGCUUCUACUACAACCAAUUCCACUCGUUAACUGAAUAUUGCCAACUAUUUAGGCUCAAUAUAUGUAAGUCCUAUGCUACUAGACAGACCUAAAAGUUUCUUGCCACUGCAAGUCUGAAGUCUAUGUCUCUAGCACACUCACAAGAAGUGAAUUGCUAUUUGCUAGGGGUGAAUUAUCAUUCGCAAGGAGACAAGUGGAAAUCUUGAACCCUGUAAUGAUUAUGAAACUAUAACAUCCAACUGAGUCCCCAGAAUCUUAAAGAGAGUUACUGAGCUGCAAAGAGUGCAGAUUUAUUCAAUUUUUUUUUCUAAAACAAGGGAGAUUAGAUACUCUAGGCUGCAUAGCAACUCCAUCGGAAUGAAGCUUUUAUGUGUGAUGCAGUUCUGGGUCCCGGGAUACCUGAAGGUGUUUUAAACUGUUAAUGAAAGAUGGUUUAAUCCUAUAGUCUUCAAGCUGGUGAAUCUUUUAAACUGUUCUCAAUGGGAAGUUACCUUAUUGAAGCUCUGGACAUGGAGCAAAUGUCCUGUGGCAGACCGAUCGUGUUCACUCUGAUGAUGUUUUUAUGGUGUCCACAGUGGUCAUUUAAAGCCUGCACAUUUCUUUUUUACAAUUCCUUAGUUCAAGUAUAUCAGGGUGCACUGUCUGAUAUUCUAUGGUGAGUGUGAGGCACGUUGCUUUCAGAUAGACAGUACAGCAUGUUGUGUAAUUCCACAAUUUUAGAAUCGUAAAAAAGAGUGUGCGUUGCCAUACUACAACUCAAUGUCAUCAUAAUGAUGUGAUGGGUUGUGCACUCUCCUCUUCCCAUAUUUUAGACCACUAUCGCCUCCCUGAUCUAGGUCAGCAACUUUUGUUGAUGAGGAGAUUUUAUGAGGUGUAAAAUGCCUGGCGGUGCUUUUAAGCAACUUCAGAGUAGGGAAAUUAUAAUGUUUUCUGAUUCUAUAGUGCUCCAAAUGAUGGCAUGUUUAAGCACGCCAUCAUUAGGCUAAAACUAACCUCUCCCAAAUCCCCAGGUGUGGCAGUAAGGUGUGACCCACACAAAACGCUUCACAUUAUGGGGAUCUUGCAUGAGUCUUGAACAAAGCUUUUUAACAUUAACCAUUUGUUGAAUCUUCUGUCACUAGUCCAUACUAUUCAAAUGCUAACCUAGUAUUUCUCCUCUUUUCUAACACUUCAGUAAUAUGGAAGAUUAAAUUUGUACGGAGUGGUUAGAAAAAAAAUUAUUUGCUGAUUUUCAACGGACACUCCCAAUGCCUAAAGAACGUGAGCUUGGUUAACUGUUUUAGGGGUUAACAGGCAGUACACCUUAACCUUAUUCAUAAAAGGGCUGAUUUCAAGAGCAAUUGUCAGUUUUAUGACUUGAUUUGGGAACGCCACCCAGCAGUCAAGCUGACAGCAAGGUGGGCUUCCUGAUUCACCCUGCUUGAACAACUUUUCAAAUGGAAAUGAGAGCUUCCAUUGGGGAACAUUAGUCAGAAGCAUUCUAUUCGGUGAUUACCGUAUUUGAUUGCUGCACUUGCAGCAGUAUCUGUGCAUGUACCAGUGUUGUCUGAACAGGAAAGUGGGACUGUCACCUCUGAAAAUCAUUUAAGGGUAGAGCAGUGGCGAGUGGGAAUAAAUUCAUAAGUUAAAAGUCCAAAGAGUAGUUGAACAACCGUAAAUAGUAUCUAAGCAUAUUUGACUAUAGGGGUGAAGAAUGCAUGAUGGUUAUUAUGGUUUUGGAACUAACAUUAUCCACCAAGCCAGGUAAUAGAAAAUAAUUUGAGUUAAAAAAAAUUGUCACUAUGAUGUUGCUUUCUUUAGUUUUGCAGUGAGAUGCGAGCAUCAGCACGUACAUUACGUUAUGGGCUGCACUUUGUUUAAGUAGGUGGUGGUAUUUAUAUUGGUACCUUGGCAUAAUAAUACAAUUCGACCUGUACAUUUGCUUUCAUUUUAGUACGCAUGUAAUGAUCUGUAAAGUCCCACCCACCGUGUGAGUUUUAUACAAGAAAUAUUGCAGGUUUAUUUAUUUUUCAAAUGAAUAUAUAGAUAUAUAUAUCUAUAUAUAUCUAUAUAUAUAUAUAUAUAUCUCUUGAUGGAGAGCACUCACAGGGCUCCGUAUAUAUCAAAAAAGUGCUUGUAUUUCAGCAACAUACGAUCACGAGUAAUGUCUGUGAUGUUUCAGUCUAGCUGGACUUUUCUCAACACUUGACAUAGCUCGUGAUCGUAUGUUGCUGAAAUAAAAGCACUUUUUUGAUAUAUACUGAGUCCUGUGAGUGUUAUCCAUCAAGGUAUAUAUAUCAUUUGAAAAAUAAAUAACCUCCAGUAAUUUUUAUUUAUUAUUGUUUUUUUUGUUUUUUUUUCAACUUAUUUCUUUUUUUUUCUGCAGCGCAAGUUGGAGGCCGAGCUACUGCAAAUAGAAGAUCGUCAUCAGGAUAAGAAAAGGAAAUUCUUGGAAAGCACAGAAUCUUUCAACAAUGAACUUAAACGGGUAACUAUUAACUUGUUAUAUGUAGACUGGUAGAGAAAUGUACAGAAAAUGUAAUCUCAGAAAUUUGUUUGAGAAGACAAGAUGUUGUGUAACUGAGUAAACUGCUGUGAUGGCAUAAACUCAUACUAUGAGCAUAUUCGGAAGAGUUUGGACAGAAAAUUGUAGUUAACAAGAGAAUUGUAGCAUUUUAGCCCCAGCAAGCAGGUUGGUAAAAUUAUUCAAACGCCUCUUUUAGUACAGAUGGGGUGAUAGACCCUUACUUCAGUCUAUAAUUACUUCUGUAUCUUGUAUGAUGAGAUGAUGUGAUCUCAUUUUUAUGUAUUUUCCUUUCCAGCUGUGCAGUUUGAAGGUUGAAGUGGACAUGGAUAAGAUUGCUGCAGAGAUCGCACAGGCAGAGGAGCAGGCUCGCAAACGCCAAGAAGAGAGAGAAAAAGAGGCUGCCGAGCAAGCUGAACGCAACCAGAAUGCCGCCGCCGCUGCUGCUGCUACAGCUGCUGCUGCUGCCGCAGCCGCUGCUGCUACAGCUGCUGAGGAAGAACCGGAGGCUGCGAAGGUGGAUGAAAAGAAUGAGGAAGAAGAGGCUCCUAUGGAAACUGGUAUGUGCAUCCACACACAAAAUUAUUUGAAAGCCUGUACGGAGGCAAAGAGGGAAGGGUUUGUAAAGGUGCAGAGAGCAAACAUUAGGACCAUUAAGUAAAGUAAGUAAUUUUAGUAAAGCCAUUUAAUUACUGAGAUAGAUUUCCUAUGCUGAACAAUGUUUACGAUGAACCCAUCUGAAUUACUAAAUUACUGCAGUCGAUUGGAAAGGCAGGAUCGUGAUUUUUCCUUUUUUUCCCCCUCGUUAUUUUUUAAACCUGGCUGUGGAAUUUAGGUUUAUUUUUCUGUUCCUUAUCUAAAUUACAGAGUUUUAGUUUAUCCAUUAGCCCUGUUUCACCAAGCAUAAAAUACAUUUUUAUUUAGGGGCUUUUUUGCUAUUUAAUAUCUCUUUUAGCUUCUGAGCAUGGCUUCAUUCAUGCUAUUGUACAAACUGCUCCCUUCACACAUUCAUUAUUGUGUGUCAAGUCUUAUAUCCUGUGUGUCUCCUCACGGAGUCUGACUUUGAGGAUAAGUGAAGCUAUUGAAAUGAACAUCCAUCUUUCUUUAUAAAAGCAUAGUGCAAAACAGAAGCUGUACAUGUACCUGACAGUAUUCUGUUUGUUUCCAAAACUGUGUUUUAUUUGAAUUAAAAAUACAAUAUGCAUUUAAUGGCCUGGGGCGCUGUUCUUCUGCCUACAGAUUUAAUUUUAUUUUGUGCCCUGGCAUCAGUCUGGCUACUGUGAGCGACCUAGAAACAUCUAGCUCUGAGCCAAUAAAAACAGCCUGCCCUGUUCUAGUAUCAACAGAACAUAGCUCCAAUCUCUCUGUGCUGACAGCUCUGUCUCAUUUUUCAAUGUUGUGAUUUUCACACCCUUGUUUUCAAAUACUUAUGUUGGAACUGAAAAAAAACCCACAGAUACUUUACGUAAAAUAUCAUAGAAAUCAAACUUGGACAAAAUUUCAAUUGCUCGUCAUUCUAUCUUAACUACAUAUUUGUUCUAAUGUAUGUUACAAAUCCAGUCUAUAUCAGACAUAUUGUCCAAACCAUACAAAUCUUUAAUCAUGUAAUUCUAUCCUUCCAGAGGAUACUCCUUCUUUACCCCCUCCAGAGGAACCCAACGAGGUCCAGCAGAAUGAUGAGGAAGGAACAUCAACCCCCGAGGACAAGGAAAGUGUUCAGGAGGCUGUGGAUAGCACUCUGGAUGAAGGAACAAGCGACAGCAACACCGGGUCGGAGAGCAAUAGUGGAACUGUGGAAGAACCGCCACCGGACCCAGUGCUAGAGGAAGGAGAAAGGAAAGACUGAACACCUGGCAUACCGAUCACAGUCUUAGUCUUACUUAUAAUAGAUGGAACUCGUGCAUGUGGAGAGCAAUCACAUGAAGCUUUUCUGCUGUCAGUAUGGCAGGGCAAUAGAUAGCAGGGGCUUACCUUUUUAUCCUUUCUUUAAAGCCACAGAACAUUCUAUCGCAGGGGCUUCCUGCAUCAAAGGGUUGUUAAUCCUGCAGGCUCUAAACUGGUUUAAUUUUAUUUGUUAAAAAGUUCUGUGAAUCCCACAUUCACACUUCAAAACUGUGGGCUUUUAUUUAUGUCUCAGGAUUUCCUACAAACACAGCCGCCUAGUGGCAGCUCUACACAAAAUGCACACUUUUUAAAAUCGGUCAUAUUAGCAAGAACCAGUUGUAUUUUUUUGCUUGUUUUUUUUAAGACCAUUUUUUUUAUAACUACAGUUCAAAUAAAGAAACCUGUCAAACAUAAAUGUAAUUGUUUUUAUUGGGAUUUAUUUUGGACUUUAUGGG